GAUUCAAAUUUCAGUUGCAGCGGCCGAUGCUCUGCCGCCGCCCGUCAACGGUCACGCCGCGCGCUGGCUUAUUGUCGCCGCUUGCAUUCUCGCGUGUGAGGUGCUAAGUAGUGCUACUCCUACUACCGCCAAACUGCCAAGGAUACACCCUGCACCAGAUAGCUAGCUGCAAUAAUACCGGAUAAUUUUGGGUCUACUGCAUCGCGGUCUGUCACAUCGAGAGCGCGCGCGCCAGAAGUCCUGCAGGGGUCCGUCCCCCCCGUGCUGGGUGUUAUAUACCUGUGCACGAGAUAGAAAUUUCACACGAACUGGCGUCGCUUUUCUUUUCCUUGUGCUGCACUCGACGAUGGCCUGCUAGAUGUGAAUUUUCAAGCAAGCCUGGUGACUCAGUGACCAGGGCUAACCAGAGGCAAGAUGGUGUUCAACAGAAGAGACUUGACUAAGGCAUUUUCGCCUAAUAAAGUAAAAAAAUUCAGUAAACGACGCUCUGGAGGAAUGAUUAAACCAAGUACCAGUGGAAGUACUGUGGGUACACGCAGUGAUUGCGCCCAGACGAGUAUCAAAGUGAUAGUUAGAGUAAGACCUCAUAAUGAGAAAGAACUGCAGGAUAACUAUAAAACUGUUGUGAAAAUCAUAGAUGAACGAAUGCUCGUAUUUGAUCCAAAAGAAGAAGAAAAUCCUUUCUUUUACAGAGGAGUCGUGCAGAAAGGCCGUGAUCUAUUAAAAAAGCAGAACAAAGAGUUACAGUUUGUUUUCGAUCGGAUUUUUGAUAUGACCAGUUCAAAUGUUGAUGUUUACGAAGGCAGUACCAAGGAACUUAUCAAAAGUCUGUUGGAUGGCUACAACUGCUCUGUAUUUGCUUAUGGAGCAACUGGGGCUGGCAAAACUCACACAAUGCUUGGUAAAGAAGGGGACCCAGGCAUCACGUAUCGUACAAUGGCUGAACUUUUUGCACAGAUGGAAUCGCAAAGAGAUACCAGAGACUUCAAUCUUGGUGUUUCAUAUCUGGAAAUUUAUAAUGAAAAUGUUCAAGAUUUAUUACACAAAGUUGGACCACUGCAUCUAAGAGAGGAUAGCAGAGCUGGUGUCAUUGUUGCAGGUCUAAAAAUCAUCACCAUUCACAAUGCAGAUGAACUGUUAUCUCUUUUAGCAAAGGGAAACAGAAAUCGUACUCAGCAUGCGACAGAUGCUAACCAGGAAAGUAGCAGAAGUCAUGCUGUCUUUCAAGUAUAUGUCAAUGUCACAAGCAAAGUGGAUGGCCAGGUGAAGCAUGUUAAACUAUCUAUGAUAGAUUUAGCUGGUUCUGAGAGAGCAUCUGCAACUGGAUGCACUGGUGCAAGAUUCAAGGAAGGAGCUAACAUAAACAAGUCACUCUUAGCUCUUGGAAAUUGUAUUAACAACUUAGCUGAUGGAAUUAAACACAUACCCUACAGAGAUUCAAAAUUAACAAGGCUUCUAAAGGAUUCACUGGGGGGCAAUUGUCAGACAGUCAUGAUAGCCAACAUUAGCCCUUCCAGUGCAAGCUUUGAAGACACCUACAACACACUGAGAUACGCCAAUAGAGCUAAGAAAAUCAAGACCAGUGUCAAGAAAAAUAUUGUGUCUUGUCAAAUGCACGUCUCUGGCUAUAUCAAGAUGGUUGAGGAACAGAAGAAAGAAUUGGAAGCACUGAAACAAAAGUUGUUGGCUUAUGAAAGUGGAUCGAUACCUGUUUCUGUAGCACCUCAGAAUUCUGUAGAUAAUGAAGAAAAGACCAAAGCACUUCUAGAGAUGAGCAACAAACUUGUUGAACUUUACAAUAAAAAGAGGAUAUUGAAUGAAAAAAUUCUUUCUCUUGAAAGUUCAGAUAAAAUUUUAUAUUGCAGGAUUUUGUACAAAAAGGCUGCGGAUACUAGGCUUCAUAAUCUAACAGCCACUGUGGAAUCCACAUAUCCAGAUGAGAAAAAUGCCAGUGGUAAAUCAAGAGUGAACAAAUCAUUGCAAUAUUUCAAACGACAAAGAGAAGGAAUAAAAAUACAGAUGAAAUCUGUUUGGGAAGAUCUGUGCAAAGUUGAAGAAGAUCUCAAUCAAUUGAUUCUGGACAUCAAGGCUAAAGAUUUGCAUGAAAAGCUGGAGGACAAAAUUAAUUUCUUGGCAUCUGAAGUUGACACAUCACGAAUGCAGCAGCAAUUUGAGCAUGCCAAAAAGAUUAGCAGCCUUCAGCAGUGUGAAAUAGAGUCUGUAUCGACAAUGGUCAAGAUGAUGAGUUCUACAUUGCAGAACUACUACAAUAUGAUGAGAGGUGGUGGUACAAUUACAGACAAACUUAUACAGGAAUUCAAACAGUUAGUAAAAUCUCUAGAAGGAGUCAGAAACAUCAAAUGGUCUGACAUGAACGUCAAUAAACAAGGAGAAGAUUUUUACAGCACUACUUGCCUCAGCAUUCAAGAUCUUGAAAAUCCCCGCAUUGAUAACAUGCCAAAUGCAUUGGAAAUCAAUUCUGAUGAUGAAGAAGCACAAACUCCAUCACCUAAGAAUAUACUCAGCAAAACGUUCGACUGUACUCCACCAAAAUACGUUGCACCACUUCCGGUGAAUGAUGAGAUACUCAAUUCUACCAUAACUCUUAGUAAUGAUGCUGUACCUGUGGUUGAAGAUGAAAGUUCCUCGACCAUUGAGACAAGUAAAUUAAACAGCACAUUCUGUUUGCCUGAUAAUAACAAGGGUAGGAAGAGGGUACUGUCUGACAGUAAAAACCAAGUCAAUUCCAGAUCGCCGGCAAAACAGGCCAAAAGAAUUUCACCGAAAAACAGAUUCGAAUCGAAUGGCCCUGUGCAAAAUGGCAAAGAGAACGGUAAAUCGGAAUUCCCGAAACCAACGAUGACCGCUAAGAGCAUCGCUAUUCUGAACAAAUUGAAAGCUGACAGAAUGAAGCCUCUGAUUAAUACAACAUACAAUGGAGAUCAGUCAGAAGCAAAAUUAAAGGCUGUGAGGGAUAAGGAAAGAAGAGGAUUGACUUCAUCUCACCCGUAUCAAAAACCUACUGUACAAAAAACACAAACGAAAGCACCACCAUUGCCGUCGUCACGAGUACCUUGGUAACAGAUUCAAAAGCGGACCACUUGCAGGUAGUUCUUGGAGCUGUAUAGAGCAAAUAUGUAUAUAUUUUUAACUUUUUUGAUUCAGUGUUGAACCAGCUAGGAUGAAAAGAAUAUAGAAUAGGUACUUUCAUAACAAAAACGCAGUUUUUGAAAUCGCAGGUAACAACAGGUUGGAUAAUUUUAAAAACAAAGCGAGUUACAAUUUUUAACAUUUUGAUACUGCAAAGUUUUUCGGAAAGCGAAAAAUCGCCAAAGAUAUAUCGAACACCCUAUUACUAACUUACUAACAAAAUAAAAAGUGUCUAGAUUCAUAGUAAUUUUUUAUAAAAAAAAAACUAUUUAUUCUAAGACUUUUUAUAAACAUAUAUUUUUACAUCAUAAUUCUUGGAUUAAAAAGUUCCGGAUUCGACGUUAAAAGCAGUAAUUAUCUUCACUGCCACAUAAUACGACUGGCUACAUUUUAAGAACUAGAUGUUAACUUCACAUUUGAUAAGCUAUUCACGUUGCGCUUCGUGUUUAACGAUCACGACUGAUAAUUAUAUUAGUUUUUUAAUGAUAAAUUACAAAUUUUGUUAUCAAGAGAAUUAAUUUAUGCUUAAUUUGAUUGAUUGAUUGAUACCUUGUUGCGUGCGAAAUGUAAUAAGUUAUCAUAAUAUUUUGAGAAUAAGAUCUUGUAAUAUUUCGAUAAAUAACAAUAAAUAUUUGUAUAAAACUUCUAAUCUUCUAUGCAGCUACGGCAAGAAGCGUCAGGACUCCGAUUUCAUACUUUCUUUCUCAUUGCCUAGUAAAUCGUUACUGAGGCUAGCCUGAAAAAGACAUGUAAAAAGUAAAAUGAUUCGAAAUCGUUAAGAACGAUUUUUGUGAAUUGUAAAAAGUUAAUGCGUACAUAUUCCUCCAAAGCACGCAAGACUCUUUUCUCGAUGUCGACGAAGUGUUCUCCGUAUUCAGAACUCGAUCGCCUGCUACUGAUGAUCGUAGGCAUGAUUGAUCUUGUACGAUCGAAUAGCGCAGAAAACGAAUGCAAUAGGAACGCUAAAAACGCGAGCGAAGCUAACACGCUAAUCGGGUCAAAGGCUCUAAAAUGCAACAAAAGAUAUCCGUGAAAUUUCUUGAUUACAUAUUUGCAUGUGACUAUUUUGCAAUGCCUUUCAGACUUUGAAGAUUUAGCAUUUUAUUAUGACAUAAGAGUAUAAGAAAUAUUUUUUAUAAAACUACGCUAGAAAAAUAUCACAAAAAAUUUGUACAAUGUUAAAGUUUUUUAUUAUAAUCUAAGCUUACUGCUUUUAAGAAAAUGUUAAACAUUUUGUGAAACAAGCUGUCUUUGGCAUUACUAUUACAACUACUUUUUGUAGAUGAGAAAAACGGCUUGUUUUUAUAAUUCGUAUCAGCUGGUUAAUUCUACGUAUAGAACAUUGAUUUAUAGAUUUUUAUAACAAACGAUGGACUUUAUUAGAAUGUAAGAUAGAAAAAAACUAAGCAUGUAUAAAUUGACGAAAUAAAUUUAAAUAACACAAUA